ACCAAACGUAACGAUAUUGCAUAAGAUGGAGACUUGGAUAGUAAUUAUCAUUGCUAUUGCUUCUUCUGUUGGUGUUUUGAUAUUUCUCGCGGCCUUGACUGGAGCCGGGGGCAAAGGUGGGGGUGGUGAUAACGGCGGAGGAGGAGGAGGAGGCGGAGGAGGAGAAGGAGGUGAUGAUGGAGGAGGAGAGGAUGGUGGAGGUGGAGAUGUGGAAAUGGGUGAUGGAGGAAACGGAGUUGGCUCUGGUGGUGAUGGAGGUGGCGUUGGCGGUGACGGAGGUGGUGGGGGUCAUGGAGGGUUUUGGUCCUUUUGGAGUGGUGGUGGGGGAGGGGGAGGGGAUGGGGGUGGAGGCGGCUGGGGCGGGGGCGGCUUUGGUGGUGAUGGAGGUGGUGGAGGUUUUGGAGGCGGCGGUGGUGGUGGGGAUGGAGGUGGAGGUGGAGGCGGCGGGGGCGGAGGUGGAGGAGGAGGUUGCUGAGCUUCGGUGUUUCAUAUCAUUUAGAAAUAGUUCAUCUUUGAAACAUUCCUAGGUAAUUUAUUUUAUGUGAAAAUUCUUAGUUUUCUGAAGCAUUUUGAAUUUUAGUAGUCUAAAUAUUAUUUGUUGAUUAUUUAUUGUAUAUAAUUUAUAGUUCUUGUGUGAAGUUGGUUUGGUAUCCUAUUUCACAAUAGCGCUAUAUAUGUGACCAAUUCACCAAUAUUAUUAUCCAUCUUAAUAUAUCAUGGUAAUAGCA